GGACUGUCUUGCCCACCUCUGUGCAAAAACUUUCACCGGCUCCACUGCUUGCUGCAGCCUCUGUCGGUGUACGCGCCACGGCACAUUGCUUGUGCAUGCGGUGUUGUGCAUGCGGUGUGCGUCGUGCGUGCAUGUGCAUUAAAAAAAAGAGCGGCCGCGCAUGACCUGGUAGGGCAAGGGUUCUGAAGGAGGGCGAAGUUGCCGCUGGUUGGUUGCUUCUCGACCCCCCCCCCCCCCACACACACACACAAUGUGGCGUGGCAGCUUGCGGAGCCUGCUUUCCGGCAUACCUCUUUCGAUCCGACGUGAACGUCCGGUUCUUCUUGCUCGUGGAUCGGUAUUUUUGCCGGCGGAGUUGAGGCGGCCGUAUACGCCGCAGCCAGAAAGGAAGAGGUUUUACCAGAAUGUGAGCAUCUCCCAAGGCGAAGGAGGUUUUGAAAUCAACCUGGAUCAUCGGAAGCUGAGAACCCCCCAGAACAAGACCUUCGCGGUGCCCAGUGAGACCCUGGCUCUGGCGGUAGCGACGGAGUGGGAAUCCCAGCGGGACACGGUCAAGUUUUUCACCAUGCACCUGACAACCUUGUGUAACACCGCUCUGGACAACCCAUCACAGCGAAGCAAAGAACAGCUCAUCACAGCGGCUGUGAAGUUCUUGGAGACAGACACCAUCUGCUACCGGGUAGAAGAGCCUCCUGCCUUGGUGGAAUUGCAGAAGAAUGAAUGGGACCCUGUGAUUGCCUGGGCGGAGAAAAGGUAUAACGUGGUCAUCGGCUCUUCGACAAGCAUCCUGGGUCCCAGCAUCCCACAAAGCACCAAAGACACCUUCAUCAGUCACCUGGCGUCAUACAACACCUGGGCUUUGCACGGCAUAGAAUACAUGAUCACCCAGCUGAAGUCUCUGAUUCUCUCAGUGUGCCUCCUGGACAAAAGCCUGACGGUGGAGCAAGCUGUCCUGCUGUCCCGCCUCGAGGAGGAAUACCAGAUCCAGCACUGGGGGACCGUGGAGUGGGCCCAUGACUACGACGCCUAUGAGCUGCGUGCCCGCACGGCCGCUGCCACCCUGUUCGUUCACCUGUGCUCGGAGAGCUCCACCAUCAAGCACAAGCUGAUGCAGGACUGAGGCUGGGGAGGGGCAGAGGGAGAAGGGCCCCCGAUCAGACUGACUGACCGAGUGGGGCAGCCAGCAGCGCUGAAACCAGGACUCAAGGGCUAGCGGCGCACCAUAGCCUGGUCUUGAUUCUCCCCGUGGGCCUGCGCCAGGCAGCACUCACAGUGUCGCCUGCGUCUAUUUCUCCAGUGGUCUUGGGUGAAAGGCCGAGGGUGUUCCAAGUACCGGGGCCUUCUGCAUGGACCUUGCCCCAACCUCCCUGCGAGCCAUGGAGUCCUGUCUCGUUUUGGGAAACGGUGGGCAGUCCCAGCUUCAUCAGGAACCAAAUUGGCUCCUCUGUCUUACCUGGGGACAGCUUCGCUGCGAGUAUCAAAAUACCCGUUCGGUCAUUGAGAAUGCGAAUUGAGGUGUGGCCGAAUUUGCGUUCUCUAAAGCCUUUUGGAGAUUUACAGUUGGCUGGAGGUUCUCUCCCAGUUCUGGGGUGGGAGUGGGCUCUUCCUGCCCUCCCUCGCCCCUUCCCUCCUGACCCCUGCAGAUAGGUCCUACCCCGGCUCUGCCGCAGGCCCCUGAAGCCUGCUAAAACGUUCUCGCAGCACAGCCACAGUGACUCUGCCUCCCCCGAACUGGAGUAAACGCUGCUGUUUUGCCACAGCCAACAUUUUGUCUAUAUAUACUUUAAUGAGAGCUUCACAACGGGUUGAUUCCCAUGCCAGAGCGUGGCUUUGCACCCACAGGGCUCUACGUUCCGUCCCCACAGAGUGGCUGUUACUUUUCGGUUCCCUACAAACCUUCUGGUGUGAGUUGCCUUUGUGUCAUUGGUCAAACACGGUGCUUAGCUGAUCCUGUCGAUGUCCCCCCUUUUUGUGAUGUGCGUGAAGAAGUGCAGCAGGGGUGGCGGUGGAGUCCCUGUGGGCAUUUAAAUGGUUUGUGAUCACAGCACCUGUUUCAUCUGAGAGCUGCAGUUCCUCUCAAAUUUCCAUGCAGGCUGGGUUUGUUUU